CUUUCAACCUGACGGCGCGAGAACUGUACUUUGCAGUGGAGGAAAAGUAUAGAGACAGUAUCACCUGAGUUUGCAUCACUUUUUGCCGUAGACAAUGCAGUUCACAAGCCGACAAAAGUUGCGACUCAACACAAAACUGACAGGAGACCGGAAAAGUACCCUGUAUCCUUACAGUCUACAAUUUUACCAACAGCCACCCACUGAAAAUAUUUCCCUCACAGAGUUUGAAACUUUCGCUAUUGAGCGAUUAAAACUUCUUAAAACUUUGGAGAACCUUGGUGUAAGUUACGUGAAGGGCUCUGAGGAUUAUAAUAAAAAGCUGGAGCAGGAAAUGCGAAAACUCAAAUUUCCCUACAGAGCUCUGCAGGAAGACAUCAACGAUGACGUGUAUGAUCAAAGGAGGAAAGACCAUAUUUCUCAUUUUAUACUGCGCCUUGCCUACUGCCAGUCAGAGGACCUGAGACGCUGGUUUAUACAGCAGGAAAUGGACUUGUUUAAAUUCCGAUUCAGUCAAUUAUCUAAAGAGAAGGUCCAGGAGUUUCUAAAAUUUAACGACUUGGAAUAUGUUGCUAUAAGUGAGGAGGAGAAGAAAAUUCAUGAAACGGAUCUCAUUAAUUCAUCAUUUGGUUUUAGUUCAUCAAAAAUCGAAGGUGUUGAAUUUUACAAGGUUCCUUUCCAAGCUGCUCUUGAUUUAGUACGCUUAAGAAAAGUUUUCCUCUGGAGAGGGUUUGCAUUCAUUCCUAAUAAAGAUAUGGUCACAAUUGUCUUGAAUGAGUUCAGAACAAAGUUGUCCAAAGCUUUGGCACUAUCAGCCCGCUCCCUCCCUGUUGUGCAGUCCGAUGAAAGGCUACAGCCUUUGCUGAACCACCUCAGUCAUUCAUAUGUUGGGCAAGAUUUUAGUACACAGAAAAACACUGGAAAAAUUUCACUUGAACAAAUUGAUUCUCUUGCUUCAAAGUCCUUCCCUCUCUGCAUGCGGCAACUUCACAAGUCUUUAAGAGAUAAUCACCAUCUGCGUCAUGGAGGUCGCAUGCAGUAUGGCUUGUUCCUCAAAGGGAUUGGUCUAAGUUUAGAACAGGCCCUCCAGUUUUGGAAGCUGGAAUUUAUAAAGGGCAAAGUGGAUGCAGAAAAGUUUGAUAAGGUAUAUGCCUACAGUAUUCGGCACAACUAUGGAAAAGAAGGGAAGAGGACAGACUAUACACCGUACAGUUGCAUGAAGAUUAUUCUUACCAAUCCUCCAAGCCAAGGGGACUUUCAUGGCUGUCCAUUUCGGCACAGUGAUCCAGAGUUGCUGAAGCAAAAGCUACAGUUAUUCAAAAUCCCUUCCACAGGAGUAAACCAGAUUUUGGAUUUGGUAAAGGGCAUGCAUUACCAGCUGGCUUGUCAGAAGUACUUUGAGCUAACACACAAUGUUGAUGAUUGUGGCUUCUCAUUGAACCAUCCAAAUCAGUUCUUUGCUGAAAGCCAGAAACUGCUCACUGGUACCCGGGAUAUCAAAAAGGAAACAAACCCUGUAGAAAAUUCUCAAGCAAGUACUGCAAGUCAAGUAAUUUCAAGUUCAUCAUCCACAGCAGUGGCUGCUAAAACACCAUCACAAUCAGAAGAAAUGGAAGAUCUAGAACAGAUUUUCAGUGAAUACUAAUGUCAUUUUAAGUUCUGCUUAGUAUAUUAUUCUAGUGAAUAUAAAUGCUAAAAAUGUACCUUGAUUAUCUAACCCUUUAUAUAUGUCUGCAUUCUAAAGGUUGUUAAAGAUCAUUCAUGAAAUAAAUAUUUUUUUUGUUAUUUUUCUGAA